AUGAGUAAUCGUCAAAUUACAUUAGAAUCUAAUGAUAAACAAAAAUUCGAUAUCAAUAUUGAUAUUAUUGAAGAAUCGAAAACAAUCAAGUAUGCCUUAGAAAAUUGCGGUGGUGCAGAAGGAACAACCAUUCCACUACCAAAUGUAGAUUCGGCUAACUUGAAGAAAAUUAUUGAAUGGCUGACUCAUCAUAAAGACGAUGUACCAUCAUUCGAUGACGAUGAAGAUUAUGGUGAAAGGAAAAAGAUUGAAAUAUCGAAAUGGGAUCAAGAUUUUCUUAAAAUUGAUCAAAAUAGUCUCUUUCAACUUCUUUUAGCAGCGAAUUAUUUAGAUAUCUCAAAACUAAUUGAUAUUAUAUGCAAGACAGUAGCUGAUAUGAUGAAUGGGAAAACUACUGAACAGAUUCGAGAAACAUUUAAAAUUCCAAAUGACUUUACACCAGAAGAGGAGGAAGCGCUGAAAAAAGAAUACGAAAUGCCAGCGGACAAUAAAUAA